AUGGAGAUCACGAGCAGCACGAUGGUGAAGCCGGUGUGCUCGGUGCCGCACCCGCUCGUCGGCGAGAAGGUCCCGCUGACCGUCUUCGACCGUGCCGCCGCGGACGCCUUCAUCCCCACCGUGCUCGUGUACCCCGGGCCGGCGCCGUCCAACGAGGCGGUCAAGGAAGGACUCCUCAAGGCUAUCACAGCAUACCCACACCUGGCAGGGCGCCUCGCCCUCGACGAUCAUGGCCGGCGCUUCCUCCACGUCAACAACGAGGGCGUGUUCCUGAUCGAGGCCACCGUGCCGGUCGACCUCGCGGACGUGCUCGUCGACGGCCGCAUGGCCGCAGAUGUGGAGGACCCCUACCCUACGAUACCAGAGGAGAGCUUUGGGGUGGCGCUGCUGCAGAUCCAGCUCAACAGGUACAGGUGCGAUGGUCUCGUGGUCGGCAUAUGCUCCCACCAUCAGGCCGCCGACGGCCACUCCAUGAGCAUGUUCUUCACCGCGUGGGCGACGGCGGUGCGCGAGGGUAAGGACUUCACCACGCCGACCCCAUUCCUCGACCGUGCGAGAACGUCCGUGCCUCGAAGCACGCCAACGCCGGUGUUCAACCACCGAUCACUGGAGUUCACGUGUGGAGACCGAGACGCCUACGCCGUCGUCCCCAUGGACAGGAUCAAAAACCUAACGGUGCACUUCACGGCCGAGUUCGUCGCCGACCUCAAAGCCCGCGUCGGCGCCCGCUGCAGCACGUUCCAGUGCCUCCUCGCGCACGUCUGGAAGAAAAUCACGGCGGCGCGGGAGCUGAAGCCGGAGGAGUUCACCAAGGUGAGGGUGGCCGUGAACUGCAGGGGCAGGGCUAGCCCGCCCGUGCCGAUGGACUUCUUCGGGAACAUGGUGCUCUGGGCUUUCCCAAGGCUUCAGGUCCGGGACGUCCUGAGCUCGAGCUACGGCGGCGUGGUCGGCGCCAUCCGCGACGCCGUGGCACGCAUCGACGACGAGUACGUGCAGUCCUUCGUGGACUUCGGCGGAGUGGCGGACGCGAACGGGGAGGAGCUCGUCGCGACGGCGGCCGCUGCCGGCACCAUGUUCUGCCCGGACGCAGAGGUGGACAGCUGGCUAGGGUUCAGGUUCCAUCAACUCGACUUUGGCACCGGGGCACCGUCCGCUUUCAUACCGCCGGACUUGCCUAUCGAGGGGCUCAUGAUCUUCGUGCCAUCCCGCAAGGCGAACGGCGGCGUCGACCUCUUCAUGGCCGUCGCGGAGGAGCACGUGGCAGCCUUCGAGGAGAUCAUCUACUCCUUGGAUUGAUUGACCCAGCCCGGGCAUGCAUGUCUGUUUCGCUUGCAUGCAUGUCAUAAAGAACGUGGUAAAGAAAUUGUUCGUUAUGUAGUAAAAAAUGUUUAUUGUGUAUUUUUUUAAUAUCUAUUGUAUAUUUAAAAAUGUUCAUUGUAUAUUCAUUUAGCUGAAAUAAUGUGGUCCACACAUAUUCUUGAUGUAAUUUUAGAAAGUGUUGGUGCAUUUUUAAAAACUGUUCAUGUAAUUAAAGAAAUUGACUUACUUUUUAAAUGUUCAUGUAAUUUUACAAAGUGGUCGUGUCUUUUUAGACAAUGUACAUGUAGUUUUAAAAUGUAUUCAUAGAUUAAACUAAAUCCACCUAUAUGUAAAUAAGGUUUAUAUAUUUGUAAACAAAUAAGAAAUUGAAAACACAUGAAAAGGAGGAAAAUAAAAGAAUGGAAAAAAAAUGGAAUCAGCAAAUGAAAAUGGAGAAAAAAAAUGGAAAAACAAAAAAAAUGGAAAAGCUAAAUCGGAAAACCAGACAAAACCUUGUCCCCAAAAAAGCCAACCAAAAGUGGCUUAGGUAAAACCUCCCUGCUACUCGUAGCCUAUGUAGGGUAAAAACUUAGAAUAUGAGAAAAGUAAAAGGAACGUAAGAAAAAAAAAGACACAAACCAUGAGGCGCGCGUAGGCGCCAUCCCAUGCACAACGCUUCAGGUGAUAUGCUUUUGAAGAAAAGUGGUUUCCCAACCCCAUUUUAUUAAAAUCGAGGCAGCAAAGCACCAAGAUUGUUCUU